GAUGACUCUUAGAAUAUCUUGACCUGCUCCUGAGGAAAUACUGCUCUCCUGAGUUUCCUGAUCCCUUCUCCACCAUGAACCUUGCGGACGACCCAGAUCCUAGCUCUGAGCCACUGUGCGUAGUAUGUGGCCAAAACCACUCCCUGGAGGAAAACCACUUCUACACCUACUCAGAAGAUGUAGACGACGACCUCAUAUGCCACAUCUGCCUGCAAGCAUUGCUGGACCCUCUGGACACUCCGUGUGGACACACCUACUGCACCCUGUGCCUCACCAACUUCCUGGUGGAGAAAGACUUCUGCCCUGUGGAUCGAAAGCCCGUGGUUCUGCAGCAUUGCAAGAAAUCCAGCAUCUUGGUCAACAAGCUUCUCAACAAGCUGUUGGUCACCUGCCCGUUCACAGAACACUGCACCGAGGUGCUGCAGCGCUGUGAUCUCCAGCAUCAUUUCCAGACAAGCUGCAAAGGGGCCUCCCACUAUGGUCUGACCAAGGACAGGAAAAGACGCUCUCAAGAUGGCUGUCCUGAUGGUUGCGCCAGCCUCACAGCCACGACGCUCUCCCCAGAGGUUUCUGCAGCCGCCACCAUCUCUUUAAUGACAGACGAGCCUGGCCUGGACAACCCUGCCUACGUGUCCUCAGUGGAGGACGGUGAGCCGGGAGCCAACUCCUCAGACUCUGGCCGGAGCACCCGGACUAGGGCACGGCCCUUCGAGCGGUCCACUAUGAGAAGCCGAUCUUUCAAGAAGAUCAACCGAGCUCUGAGUGCUCUCCGCAGGACGAAGAGUGGGAGUGCCGUUGCCAACCACGCUGACCAGGGCAGGGACAACUCUGAGAACACCACUGUCCCUGAAGUCUUCCCAAGGUUGUUUCAGCUGAUUCCAGAUGGUGAGAUUACAAGCAUCAAAAUCAAUAGAGCGGAUCCCAGCGAGAGCCUCUCCAUAAGGCUUGUGGGAGGCAAGGAGACCCCACUGGUCCACAUCAUCAUCCAACACAUUUAUCGUGAUGGAGUGAUCGCCCGAGAUGGACGACUGCUGCCGGGAGACAUCAUUCUCAAGGUCAAUGGCAUGGACAUCAGCAAUGUCCCUCAUGACUAUGCCGUGCGGCUCCUGCGGCAGCCCUGCCAGGUGCUGCGGCUAACAGUGCUGCGGGAGCAGAAGUUCCGUAGCAGAAGCAGUGCGCAGGCGCCGGACUCCUACGGACCUUGGGAUGACAGCUUUCACGUGAUCCUCCACAAAAGCAGCCCCGAGGAGCAGCUUGGUAUAAAGCUGGUGCGCAGGGUGGAUGAGCCCGGGGUGUUCAUCUUCAACGUGCUGAAUGGCGGUGUCGCCGACCGACACGGCCAGCUGGAGGAGAAUGAUCGUGUGCUGGCCAUCAACGGACAUGACCUUCGAUUUGGUAGUCCAGAGAGUGCAGCUCAUCUGAUUCAGGCUAGUGAAAGACGUGUGCAUCUCGUCGUGUCCCGCCAGGUUCGACAGCCCAGCCCAGACAUCUUUCAAGAAGCUGGCUGGAUCUGCAAUGGCCAGAGGUCCCCAGGCCCCGGAGAGAGGAGCACAGCUCCUAAGCCUGCAGCCACUUGUCACGAGAAGGUUGUAAGUGUCCGAAAAGACCCCAGCGAAUCUCUCGGCAUGACCGUUGGAGGGGGAGCGUCACACAGGGAAUGGGACUUGCCUAUCUAUGUCAUCAGCGUUGAGCCCGGAGGAGUCAUAAGCAGAGACGGAAGAAUAAAAACAGGUGACAUUUUAUUGAAUGUGAAUGGGAUUGAGCUCACAGAGGUCAGCCGGACUGAGGCCGUUGCUAUUCUGAAGAGCACACCCUCCUCAGUGGUACUCAAAGCCUUGGAAGUCAAGGAACAGGAGGCCCAGGAAGACUGCAGCCCAGCAGCCCUGGACUCCAACCACAACGUGACCCCGCCUGGUGACUGGUCCCCAUCCUGGGUCAUGUGGCUGGAAUUACCACAGUACUUAUAUAACUGUAAAGAUGUGAUACUCCGAAGGAACACAGCAGGAAGUCUGGGCUUCUGCAUUGUGGGAGGUUAUGAAGAAUACAGUGGUAACAAACCUUUUUUUAUCAAGUCCAUUGUCGAAGGAACACCCGCAUACAAUGAUGGAAGAAUCAGAUGUGGUGACAUUCUUCUCGCUGUCAACGGUAGAAGUACAUCGGGUAUGAUACACGCUUGCUUGGCAAGGAUGCUCAAGGAACUCAAAGGGAGAAUUACUCUCACCAUUGCUUCUUGGCCUGGUACUUUUUUAUAAAAUCAAUAAGACCUUAGAAAAAUCACAGAUAGGCUAGGUAAAUUGUAUUUAUCUUGUCAAUUUUUUAUAUUUAAAGAAUAUAUUGUAAAAAUGCCAGAAAAGUAUGAUAUUAUGAAAACAAGUUACACCUCAGAGAACGUUCUCAAAAAUAA